AUGCCUCUCUCAUCGCUUUAUGGCUCCCCUCGGCUGCCCUCUGCAGAAGCUGAUCUUCAACUUCGCGAAAGAUUACUCUCCCCUCAGGCCUUCAGCAGUCUCAGAGGCGGUCGUCGUGCCUUAUCAAGCACCAUCGCCCACCUGGCCACGAUGCUUAUGACCCAGCCUGAGAAUCAUCCCGACAUCCAAUCUUGGGUCCUGUACUGCAUAGGCCCCGUCAACCUCACAGAUGCAGCUGCAAUAAAAUUGUUCGUCGAAGUCCAAGUCUGGCGAGCGAUGGAAUCAGAAUCCAUGGCACUGGAUUUACUGCUUCAAACCCAGGUUUGUGCAGCCAAGAACUACGUGGAACCCGAGAUCUCCGUGGAUAGUGUCUUUAACCAGGAUGCUGAGAACACUGACAUGGGUGAUGCCGUGCUGAGUGCCCUAGCUGCUGUGGAGCCUACUUUGCAGAACACAGAGCGUAGCUUUCAAGAUCUCUUUUUGCAGUGGAGAGCUAUCCUUGCUCGGGAUUUCUGCCUGUCUCAGAAUCCUUUGUCACUACAUCCUGAUAAGUCCAUGAAGGAGGUAGUGGAGAUUCUCCAACAGCUCAGGCUUUUCAAGCCGAGUACAUACAGUCAGCCUGCUUUCACACAGGCUCUCAAGUCUAGUGGAUUAGCAGACACUCUGCUGCUGAUCAUCAAUCCUCUUACAAGAAGAGAGAUUGAUUUUCCCCACAUUCAAGACACUGAUGGAUCAUACCAGUGGAAGCAAAGGUUUGGUGAACUACUGUUCCUUUUUACCCCAGAGGAUGCUAGGGAAUCAGUUGUCACUGCUCCAAGUGAAACCAAACCACAUGACAGAAAGAAAACAAGUCGUGAACUGUCCUGCAUCCAAAAUGCUAUGACGGAUAGAAGAUUUGCUGCCCAGCUACUCAGCACUUCCACAAAUAUUUUUUUCCUAUCUUCUCAGCAGACAUGGUGCCACAAUUGGGAUAUAUGGGUUUUGCCCACAUUGUUAUCUCUUGGAUACAGUGAUGCUGCAACAUGGGACUCAACGGCUCUAUACCGUCGACUAGUAGCAUUGCAGUCUCCAAGCGUUCACCCUAAAGUUGCUGCUAUUUUCAAGAGAGCUGCUAGUGAACGUGCUCUACAGAAGGAGGCAAUCCAUGGUUCAUACAGACCAGCUGGUUCCCAGUCCUCCAAGAGGUCUUUCUCUGAUCGUCAACAAUUGCCUGAGCAAUCUUCUGCUUCAGCCCAGUCUCAUCUAGAUGGCUGCAAGAAGUGCAUGGGCUACCCUGACAACCAGAAGUGUGUCCAAUACAUCUUUGUGGAGCCAAGAAGCACAGCAGAGAUCAAGUCAUUGCAAGGCUGUAUAAUAACUUAUGCAACUCGAGAGAAUAUGCCACCAGGUCUUGAAGGCUAUUCAAUACAAUCACCUGAUGAUCUGGGGUAUAGACUGAUUGGUCAUCGCUCUGAGGUGUAUCAAAGAUGUCAGCAAGAUGUUACCAUCUUGGUGGAUAAGAACACUCAACAAAAAGUAGCAGGAAUCAAGUUCCAGGCAAUGGACUCUGCAACACUUAAAAAGGCUCAGUGCAAUCAUGAGACUGUUGUGACAUAUACCACAAAGGUGAAGAGAUCAGGCAACACAAGAGUUCAUGGAGAUCUGCAUCCUGUUGGUUCACGUGUUCCUUCUGGAGGCCGUCCUGGUGAUGGUUAUGGUCCAUAUGCAAGUUUGGAUGCUCAUACAACAAAUGGAGUGGCAGCAUUAUUUGCAGCAGCAGAGGAUGCUGAUGUGCUCUUUGCAACUGUCAAUGCCUUUGCCCCAGAGAUCACCAGGGGUAUCGAGACAACCUCCCGUGAUGCUGGUGUCAGCUACUUGGGUCGUCAUGGUGGCACUGCUUACCACUGCACAAAUUAUGUUGCACCUCUACAUCUUGAUCAUGAUCUGGAGUUCUCUUUGACAAGUCAACUCAAGAAGUCAGGUGAUAGCAAUGACUACAACUUUGUUGUUGCACAAUAUGGCAUUGUGUUUUGUACAAUUGCCAACAGUGUAUGGUUUUUCAGGCCAGAUCAUCUACAUGGCACUGUACUUCCCAGCAAGGCCAACAUUGCUACCAGCCAAUCUUGUGGUACACACACCACACUUCGUGCCAAGGAUGUCAAGAAGGCAACCAUGCUCAAGAAAGUUCGGGAGUCCUAUGACUCCCAGGCUGCAUUUUGGUCACAGUGA